GGGACAGAGCCGAGGGUGGGGCAAGUUCCAGAGUGCCGCAGGUAGGGGGGGUUACUGUGUGGGGAGAAGGCUCCCCCCACCCCCCAGCAGAGGGCUGAGACUGGGACCUGAGCUCAGGCCUGGCUUCCCUGGGACCGACCUUGGAUGGGGGAGGGGACAGGUGUGAAUGUGUGACUCCCAUGCGUGCCUGGGACCUGUGUGUCGGGUGCUGUGUCUGUCUGUCCCCAGACGCUCUGGGUUACUGUUUCAAGCGGUGGUCACCAGAUUUAGGGGCUCCUGCUUUCUGGAAGUAGUUCCGUUUUGAGUUCCUGUCUCCGGUGUGAGGGCCGGCCGGAGCCUGAGCGGGCAGACUGGUCAGGGCGCCUGGAGCCCGUGAGAGGAACGGCCGGAGGAGCUGGCCGGACCCUUCUGGUUUGUUUGUGUCUCCGGGGGCGGCGGUGUGGGCGGCCGCUGCCCCCUCCCGAGUCAGCCGCCUGCCCUGUGCCAGGAGGGCAGGGAGGCCUGGCGGCCAUUGUUUGCCGGCACAAGUGCCGUCUGUUCGCCUCCCCCCCCUCUGCCUCUCUCUCCUGACCCGACAGGUGUGGCCGGGCAGGGGGCGGGCUGGGGGCCAGGAGGCCUGGGUCUCCGCUCCCUGUAGCCCGGGGCCCCCUCUGGUGCUUGGGCCGUGCUCCUGCCGCGUUGUCUGGGGCUCCUCCUCGCUCAUCCAGCCAGUGUUUAGGAAGCGCCUUUGUGCGCUCCGCGGGGCUUUUCCUCUCUUUUCUGGCUUUGGCGCUCGCGCCUCCGUUGGGCCCCCUUCUCCCCGGCCGCUGCCGUCGCCUUGUUCCUGGAAGCCGGUGCAGAGCAGAGCCCGGCUGAGGCUGUCCUGAGCCCGGGGACCCGCUUGUCUCCCCAGUUCCCGGCCCCGAGCUCCUCCCCAGGACUCAGGGCCCUUCUGGGCGCCCCGGCUGGUUGGGGCUGGGCCGCAGGUGACAAAUCCCAGUGCAGCCCCAGUGCACCCCAGCAGGAACGCAGAGGCCUCCCCAUCUUGGGGAAGGGGCAGAGGGAUCACGGGUGACUCUGAGCCCCGUGAGCCGAGGCCGUGGUGUGUUCACCCCUGGCGGAGGAGCGGGCCCCGCAGAGCGCCUGGGCCUUGCUGCGACGGGCGUGGGCCCUCAGGGUGAGCUCUGGUGUCCCUGCUGCCCACCCGGGAGCUCUGGCGUCGCCUUCUUCACGUCUGUCACACGGGAGGCAGAGUGCCGCUGUCCCGGAGCUACAGGGCCCUCGGCCCUUCGCCCGAAUUUCUCUGCCCGCCCAGUGUGACCAAGGUCUAGAAGGACAAUGGAGGGAAGCCUUUGGGUUGGCCUCUUCUGGCCUCCAGAGGAAACCCCGCAGGGCCUAAGCUCGAAGGAAGCGGAGGAGGAGCGAGAUGGGGAGACGGGGCCCGGGAGAAGGAGAAGAUGAAGGAAGCCAAGGACGCCCGCUACACCAACGGGCAUCUCUUCACCACCAUCUCGGUCUCGGGCAUGACCAUGUGCUAUGCCUGUAACAAGAGCAUCACAGCCAAGGAGGCCCUCAUCUGCCCCACCUGCAAUGUGACUAUCCACAACCGCUGUAAAGACACGCUCGCCAACUGCACCAAGGUCAAACAGAAGCAACAGAAAGCCGCCCUGUUGAAGAACAACACUGCCUUGCAGUCUGUCUCCCUUCGCAGUAAGACUACCCCCCGGGAGCGGCCGAGCUCUGCCAUUUACCCCUCAGACAGCUUCCGGCAAUCCCUGCUCGGUUCCCGCCGCGGCCGCUCCUCCUUGUCACUGGCCAAGAGUGUCUCUACCACCAACAUCGCUGGACACUUCAACGAAGAGUCCCCCCUGGGGCUGCGGCGGAUCCUGUCCCAGUCCACGGACUCCCUCAACAUGCGGAACCGGACCCUGUCCGUGGAGUCCCUCAUUGACGAAGGUGCAGAGGUGAUCUACAGCGAGCUGAUGAGUGACUUUGAGACGGACGAGAGGGACUUCGCAGCCGACUCGUGGAGCUUGGCCGUGGACAGCGGCUUCCUGCAGCAGCAGAAGAAGGAGGUGAUGAAGCAGCAGGACGUCAUCUACGAGCUCAUCCAGACGGAGCUGCACCAUGUGCGGACGCUGAAGAUCAUGACACGGCUGUUCCGCGCGGGCAUGCUGGAGGAGCUGCAGCUCGAGCCCGGCGUGGUGCAGGGGCUGUUCCCCUGCGUGGACGAGCUCAGCGACAUCCACACGCGCUUCCUCAGCCAGUUGCUGGAACGCCGCCGCCAGUCCCUGUGCCCCGGCAGCACCCGCAACUUCGUCAUCCACCGCUUGGGUGACCUGCUCAUCAACCAGUUCUCAGGUCCCAGCGCCGAGCAGAUGCGGAAGACCUACUCGGAGUUCUGCAGCCGCCACACCAAGGCCUUAAAGCUCUACAAGGAGCUGUGCGCGCGCGACAAGCGGUUCCAGCAGUUCAUCCGGAAGGUGACGCGGUCCGCGGUGCUGAAGCGGCAUGGGGUGCAGGAGUGCAUCCUGCUGGUGACCCAGCGCGUCACCAAGUACCCGGUGCUCAUCAGCCGCAUCCUGCAGCACUCCCACGGGCCCGAGGAGGAGCGCCAGGACCUGACCACGGCCCUGGGGCUGGUGAAGGAGCUGCUGUCCAACGUGGACCAGGAUGUGCACGAGCUGGAGAAGGGGGCCCGCCUGCAGGAGAUCUACCACCGCAUGGACCCGCGGGCGCAGGCCCCGGUGCCCGGCAAGGGCCCGUUCGGCCGGGAGGAGCUCCUGCGACGCAGGCUCAUCCACGACGGCUGCCUCCUGUGGAAGACGGCGACCGGCCGCUUCAAAGACGUCCUGAUGCUGCUGAUGACGGACGUGCUGCUGUUCCUGCAGGAGAAGGACCAGAAGUACAUUUUUCCCGCCCUGGACAAGCCCUCCGUGGUAUCGCUGCAGAAUCUGAUUGUGCGGGACAUUGCCAACCAGGAGAAAGGGAUGUUCCUGAUCAGCGCCGCGCCCCCGGAGAUGUACGAGGUCCACACGGCGUCCCGGGAUGACCGGAGCACCUGGAUCCGCGUCAUUCAGCAGAGCGUGCGCGUGUGCCCAUCCAGAGAGGACUUCCCCCUGAUUGAGACAGAGCACGAGGCUUACCUGCGCCGAAUCAAGAUGGAGCUUCAACAGAAAGACCAGGCCUUGGUUGAGCUGCUGCAGGAGAAGGUCGGGCUGUUUGCCGAGAUGACCCAUUUCCAGGUGGACGGGGAUGGUGGCGGCUUGACCCUGCCGACCCUACCCAGGGGCCUUUUCCGCUCCGAGUCCCUGGAGUGCCCCCGCGGAGAGCGGCUGCUGCAGGAUGCCAUCCGGGAGGUGGAGGGUCUGAAAGACCUCCUGGUUGGGCCCGGAGUGGAGCUGCUCCUGACAGCCCAGGAACCAGCCUUGCCCGGGGACCUCGACAGCGGCGGUAGCACAAGUCCUGGGGUCACUGCCAAUGGUGAGGCCGGAACCUUCAAUGGCUCCACUGAGCUCUGCGGAACCGACUCGGACUCCAGCCGGAAGGUGGGCCUCCCGCAGGACCGGAACGGAAAUCAGCUGAGAGCCCCCCAGGAGCUCUCCCAUCCCGAGGCUUGGGCCCUGUCCCCACCCUCUCCUCUGUCCUCAGGAAGCGCUGCAGCGAUUGGUCAAUCUCUAUGGGCUUCUGCACGGCCUCCAGGCGGCCGUGGCGCAGCAGGACACGCUGAUGGAGGCGCGGUUCCCCGAGGGCCCCGAGCGGCGGGAGAAGCUGGCGCGCGCCAACUCCCGGGACGGGGAGGCCGGCCGCGCCGCGCCCGCGCCCGACAAGCAGGCCACCGAGCUGGCGCUCCUGCAGCGACAACACGCGCUGCUGCAGGAGGAGCUGCGGCGCUGCCGGCGGCUGGGCGAGGAGCGCGCCACCGAGGCGGGCAGCCUGGAGGCGCGGCUCCGCGAGAGCGAGCAGGCGCGCGCGCGGCUGGAGCGCGAGGCGGAGGAGGCCCGCAGGCAGCUGGCCGCGCUGGGCCACAGCGAGCCGCCCCCGGCCGAGGCGCCCUGGGCGCGCAGACCGCUGGACCCGCGGCGCCGCAGCCUCCCCGCGGGCGACGCCCUGUACCUGAGCUUCACGCCCCCGCAGGACCGAGAGAGGCAGGACCUGGGCAGCCCCGAGGAGCGGCUGCAGGACAGCAGCGACCCGGACACGGGCAGCGAGGAGGAGGGGGGCUGCCGCCUGUCCCCGCCCCACAGUCCGCGAGACUUCACCCGAAUGCAGGACAUCCCAGAAGAGAUCGAGAGUCGCGACGGGGAGCCUGUGGCUUCAGAGAGCUAAGGGGGCCCCUCAUUCCGUCCUGUGCCCCCAGGAAGAACACACCAGGGGAGGCAAACUCUGGAGCCUCCAGUGUGCCGUCGGCAAGGGAACAUUGGAAAGAACUGCCGACUGCCCCUGCCGGCUCUGGGGCUCCUCGGACCCCUGGGGCCGCUGGGAAGCUGGGGGGAAAUGGGCCACAGCACCUCCUGCUGGUAUCCAGGAGCUACACCACGGAUGCCAGCUUUUCAUGCCUUCUUCCCUCUACUUUAGGAAAAUUUAUUUAUUUAUUGUUUAUUAGUUACACGGGGAGUGGGGAGAUUUAGAGGACCAGGGACACGGGAACCAAGCCAUAGGGAUGAGGGGGCCUUGUCCUGCAACACUACUGGGGCUUAUUCAGGCUAAACAACGCCCCCCCCUCCAGCAACACCUGAGAGGCGGUGCCAAGGACCAGGCCACCCUUCCAGAAGGGCUGUGGGCGGGGCCGUGCUCCCCUUCCCUCCCCUGCUCACUGCUGGGCUCCUUUCUCUCCAUCCAUCCUGGAGACCCCAGGGAGCUAGCCUGGCUCCCCGGAGUCGAGGGCAAGGUGGCGGUGACGGCUCUGUUGGAGGGGGAGGGGAAAGCCCACGGGACCAGAAUGUUCUUUGUUGUUGUUUUCUUUUUUGUACCAAAGCCAACUGCACGUGUUUUGUAUUUUUAAGAGAUGAUUGUAGGCAAUUAGAAAUCACAGCCUUCUAUCUGCGCUUAUCAGAAGAGCUUGCGGGGUGGGGGGGAAUGGCGUCCCCUCACCGGCGGUAAAGGGGGACCUACUCUGACCUCUUCUCCAGCCAUUUGGAAAACAUUUAGGGUGAGUUGGGGAAUCUCUGUGAACCCUGACCUCAUCCGCACCUCAGCAGCCGUGACUGAAACCUCAUUGUGAAUUUGGGGGAUUUUCCGGUGGACCCCCAGUGCCCACCAGCCCCUGCCAUUUUCUGCCAAUUUGAUUGUUUAAAAAAGAAAAGAUAAAGCAAGGAAAAUUAAAGACCUGGAACCCCCACGA